GCAAAAUUAAUUUGCAUCGCAGGGCUGCCCCCGAGCAAUCAGACCACAGAAAAUAUGAUCCUCACGCAGUGCGCCGUCUGCGCCACCGAGCUUGGCUUAUCCUUGGGCAAGAAAUGCGGCCGCUGCAGCACCCGCUACUGCGGACCGGCCUGCCAGGUGCAGCACUGGAAAGAGGGUGGCCACGAUAAUCUCUGUAAGAAAAUAAAGAAAGCAGGCGGCGCAGAGCAAUACAACGCAAAUACGAAGUAUACGGAGGCCGUAGCGGUCGCGGCGGAGGCGUGCGCCGAGGACACCAAGGGCCAGACGUGCUACAUCUGCACGCAGGCCGUGCAUUGGAAAACGAAGGAGGGUCUCGUCCGCGGGUGCGCGUGCCGCGGGACGGCGGGGUUCGCGCACGUGUCGUGUCUCGCGGAGCAGGCGAAGAUUUUGUUCGCGGAGGCCGAGGAGAACAAUUUGCACGUAAAGGUGAAGCAGGCGAGGUGGGAUCGGUGGGGCAGGUGCAGCUUGUGCGAGCAGGAUUACCACGGCGUCGUGGCGUGCGCGCUCGGGUGGGCGUGCUGGAAGACGUACGUUGGGCGACCGGAGGUGCACAAUGCUCAUAUCAGCGCGAUGGGGCAACUUGGGAACUGUCUAGGCGCUGCAAAACACCACGAGGCCGCGUUAUCCGUGAAAGAGACCGAGUUGUCUAUACUGCGGCGCGUUGGCGCACGGGAAGAUCGCAUGCUCGUCGCGCAGACCAAUCUUGCGAUCACGUAUCAAGGGCUUGGACGGUUUGAAGAGGCCAGCCGCAUGAUUGGAGACGUAUACUCUGGAUAUUUGAGGCUCGAGGGCGUGGAACAUGAAGACACCCUCCGAGCAGCCCUCAACUAUGCGAUCUCCCUCGUGAAGCUAAAGCGCUUCGAAGAAGCAAAGGCCUUGCUGCGCAAGAUGAUGCCCGUGGCGCGGCGCGUUCUCGGGGCGUCGCACGAUUACACGCUCAGGAUGAGGUGGAAUUACGCGGAAACGCUCUACAAGGACGCCGGCGCCUCGCUCGCCGGGCUCCGCGAAGCCGUGUCGACGCUCGAGGAGACGGAGCAGACCGCGCGGCGCGUGCUUGGUGGCGCGCACCCGAUCACAGGGGGGAUUGAGAAGGGCCUGCAAAAGGCGCGAGCCGCGCUCCGCGCCCACGAAGAGGCAGCGUCGGGCGAUGUGAGCUCCAUCUGCGGAGCCGUCGAAGCGAUGACGCCGGGAGAUGCUUAA